AUGUCUUUACCAGAGUAUCAACUGCAGAACACCCAAGCCCUUUACAACUUCAAAUGCUACAUGUACAAAGAGACCUUCCCCUGCGUGAUGCCUCUACUUGGAAAUCUCACAGGUGUAAUUGACACCUUGCACUUCAUUGGGUAUGUUGCGGUCGGCCAGCAUCCAGUGUUGUGUCCAUUGUAUUGUUCUCCGCUGGGUCUUGAGAACAUACAACAGCACAUCAGACUCUCCGCAUAUUUAGAGACCGGACACAUCCAUGCUCCUGCACUCGAGGUAGAAUGCACUGAGGUACCACUCUACACCAUAGAUAGGCACAUCUCCCUUGCAUCAUUGGAUCUGCCCACUAAGCGGACCAGGCAGGGCCAAGACAAAAAAAUUCACAUCGUUUACGAUGGCAUUGUUGAUCUAGCAAACUUUCGAACCAUUGUUCAUUGGGCGGAUUAUCCAUUAGGGUACAACAUGCCCAUCUUCAAUUUUGAUGGCAUUCCCGAUGUGUUGGAAGUCCAUUCAACUGUAUUGGUGAAUGACCAUUCAUUCUUUAAUGGUUUGCCUUUAUCAGAUGUCAAUAUGGCAUCAGAAGGGGAUGGUAGCUUCAGUGCUUACUCCCACCAUGGAGCACCUUAUCCCACCCACUCUGCCCCUUAUAUCGCCCACUCUGCGCCUCAUCCCACCCCAGCUGCAUCUCAGACACUUGUCGACGAUGCGCAUGACACCAGUGGCCAAGUUGUUCCCCAGCAGCCUGCUGUUAACUUGAAGCAGAUCAUGAUAGAAUACUCCAAGUGGAGAGUGGCAAUUUGCAUGGGGAACUCUGUUGUGAACCCUCAUGAGAUCACCACCAGUGAUGCUGAUGUGAAAGCUAACUUGAUCGCCACUCUGUUUUCCCAGAGUCUCAAACAUGCCAAUACACUUGAGCGCUGGAGUAAAUUCAGUUUGCCCAAGUGUUUAGCAGAUAAUUAUAAGGUUGUCGUUCAACAAUUGUGCAAAUGUUUCAACCCACCAACUUUCGACAUGGUGAAGAUUAUUUCAACUUUUUCUUCUACACCCAUAGGCCAUUUAACAAAUGUCUUUCUUGGGAUUGAACGCACCAAGGACGCCCUGGCAUCUUGGCUGGGGACACAUGGGCCCAACAUUCUUCCAGACUCCAUCUUUAUCAUAGCUUCUGUGCUGUUUGGAUUGGUCGACUCCCAUGACCUUAUGUCUCUUCUUGAAACAAUCCUCGGAGAAGUUGUGAAGCAAAUGCAGCUCCAGCAAGAGGAUAGUUGUAUACAAUUCCUUAAGCAAGGAGGGUGUUGUGUUAUGGAGGAGAUGAUGUAUCACGCUCAGAUGGAAAUAUCAUUAUAUAGUAAAGCUAUUGUGAACCUCUGCAAAGAGUUGGAUGCCAGAAAUCAGCCAGCAUUGGGGCGUCUUCACCCAAAUUUGGUACUAGCUUCAGUGAACACCAUUGGGUCUACGGAGGCAUCUUCUCAUACACUCAAUCUCCGUCCCUUUCAGCCUUUAAAUGAUAUUUAA